AUGGUGGAACGCGAAGCUAUGCGCCGUGGUGCGGGAUGUGGAUGGGGAAGCGGGGUUUUUGGGAGAUGGUCCUUACGUCGUCUUCUGCUGGACAGCCCUUUGGUGGGUCGGAGAUUAGCCCACUCAGUUUUGGAUCAAGCGGACGGCAGGCCCGUCAAACUUAGUGGUGUUGAAACGCUCCCAAAGCAGUCUCCGGCUCAGUACAUUGCUGAGGAUGAAGAGGUAAAGAAUAUUUCAGGUUAUCAUGAGAUAUGCAUAGGUCAAACAAUCAUCUAA